AUGCGCGGUGGUGAUGUCCUGGACGACACGGGCCCGCGCGGGCGCAUGAUCAUGGAACUCCUGCGGGCUACGGUCCGGGCGUUUCUCACCACACAUCACUUCCGGCCCACAGCAACCGGAGCCGGAGCCGGGGCCCGAACCGGACUCUGUGCUCAUCAUCGAUCAGAGAAGCAGGUGCAGGUGCAAGUGCCAGAGCAUUCCCCCCGACGUGAAAGCAAGAGCAAGAGCAAGAGCAAGAGCAGGAGCAGGAGCAGGAGCAAGAGCCAGUUUUCGUUCCACUCCAAUGCCCUCGGUACUAAUGUCCGGAUGCCCUCCUUUCGACACGGGACAACGGCGGCGGCAUCGUCCGAGUCUCGGCUGGACCAGACACGCUGGUCCAUCGUCAAGAGAGGCAUGGCGUGGUCACGAGGGCCGAAACCUCCGGAGCCGGAGCCGGAGCCGGCACAGAUGGGUGAAGACGUUCCGUUCGUCCGCCCGGCAACUGCUCUCCCACUCGCUGCCCCCGGUGCGACGACCCUCUUGUCCCAAGAGGGAAAGAUCGUUCGAGCCCCGUUCGCGCUCAGUCAUGUGCUCGCAGCCCGAACCCCCGAAGCUCAUCACUCGCCGUCAUCAUCAUCAGUUGUGCGGGCUUCUCCUCCUCUGUCACGCGAUGUGUGCGCUGAUGAGGAUGCUGGUGAUGAGAUGGCCGUUUAUAUCAAUCCCGUGACCAAAGUCACGUCCUUCGUCAACCAGCGCACCGGUCUGGUCGUGAAACCCAACAGCUCGAAUUCUCGUGACAGAUCUUUACCAAAGCGGCUUCUGUUACCGCCGAAACCCCCGACCUCCAGUUGCGCCGAGCCGAGUCUUUGGAUUAGCGAAAUCCUCAAGAACUGGGAAAAUCCCAUAUUCCAGCCACCGGAACCCUCAAUACCUCACGUGGCUUUCGAAGGUGCCAGCACCACUACGCAGAAAAUCCUCCAUGGCCGCCAUCAUCACUGUUCACAACUCGAUAUUGACAGAGCUUUCAGAGAUUCCGCUUCCGGUAUUGCGGGACGGAUAUCGAAAGAAGCCCUGAAGAAUGCCGAGGUCGUCUCCCAGGUUGAUGUGAAGUUCAUUCUUGUCAAAUUACGAUCGUUCCCGUCGCGAGAUGACAACAUGCUGGUGUUGGUGGAUCAGCACGCAGCAGAUGAGCGGAUCCGGGUUGAGACGCUGAUGGAAGAACUCUGUACCCCAGAAUCAUCAGAUUCGGGAGUGUCUGCGGGAUCCAGUAUCCUCUCUAGCUGCCUCGACAAACCCCUCCACUUCGAGAUAUCACCCAAGGAGAUCCAGCUCCUCAUCGCUCACCAGUCACAUUUCGCCAACUGGGGAAUCCUCUACAGCUUCUCCUCGCUAGAGCCUGAAUCCCUUUGCCAACACUUGACAGUCCACUCCCUCCCUCCCGGUAUUUCAGAGCGCUGCAAACUCGACCCUCGUCUCCUCAUCGACCUCCUCCGCGCCGAAGUCCACAAGGUCCACGACGCGGGCAGAUCCUCUGCCGCGUCCCUUGCCUCCGAGAACUGGCUGCAGAGGAUCCAUGACUGUCCCCAGGGGAUACUGGAUCUGCUGAACUCGCGAGCUUGCCGCAGCGCGAUUAUGUUCAACGAUGAGUUGAGUCGAGCGCAGUGCGAGAUCUUGGUGGCGAGGUUGGCCGAGUGUGCGUUCCCGUUUCAGUGUGCGCACGGGAGGCCGAGUUUGGUGCCCUUGGUUGAUGUUGGCGGCUUGAGGAUGGGAGGGGAGGUGGUGCAUGCGGAAGGGGGAGAUGGCGGUGGUGGUGGUGGUGGUGGUGGUGGGUUUGGGGCGCGGUUCCGAAGAUGGAAGGAGGGAGGGGUGUGUGUGUAUAACUGA